AUGGAGUUUAGCGACUUCAAUAAAUAUCAGUUUCUUGGCGAACGUUCUAAAAUAUCAAUCAUUCAAUUGAUACUCUCGAACUUAUUGAAGAAUUUAACAAAAGAACCUAAUGAAGAUUCAAAAUGUCAAACGUUGAAAAAUAUUCUGAACAUUUGUAAAAACGAGAUAAUCUUAAUAGAGACAUUGAAAGAAGAACACGUGACUACACUCGUCAGUUGUGCACAGUUGAUUGAUGUUUGUGUUCCGCGCCGCACGGAUGGCAGAGUCGGGCCGUCCAUAAAGGAUGUCACGCUUCAUGGAGUGGAGGGGUCUAAAUAUUUGGGACACUUUGUGACGAGGGGGGAGCAUAAUAAAGUUAGACCAGUCAGAGUUGCUGCUAGACGCCAGAGGGAAUUUAUGACAGUAAUUGCAUUUGAGGAAAACGAAGAUGUUGAAUGUUGA